GUUUCAGAUGGCAAGCCUUGGACUAUGGGUUGGAUGACCUCCAGCAACGGCCACCUCUGGCUCCAGAACGGUUGGCCACAGUUUGUACAGCAUUACAAUAUAAAGAUUGGACACUUGUUGCUCUUCAAUCAUCAGAAAGCUUCCAAUUUUCAUGUUAGAAUAUUCAACCACAACAUGAAAACUGAUUUAGCCUUGGAAAAGGAGAACAAACGCAUGUCAAGAAAUAGGCCACUUACUCGUUUAGCUUCAAAAAAGAGGAACAAACCGUCGUCAAGAAACCGGGCCCUUAAUGUUUUAGCUUCGAAAACGGGGAACAAACGUACUUUUAUAAAUAGAGCAACUAAAUCCACUGUACCUGUAUCUUUCAAAACGGAAAAGCCUUUUUGCUCAGGCUUAGUAGGGAGCAGCGGCAUAAGCACAAUUUAUCUACCCACGCAAUUUUGUAGAAGAUAUUUGACUAGUGAAAACAAAUGCGUGGACUGUGUUCUUCAGAUGCCAAAAGGGGGAAACUGGGGUCUGGUUCAGUGCAAGCGUUACGAGAAAAGUAGUAGACUGUCUGGUAAAAAUUGGAGGAAGUUUUAUGAUGAUAAUCAUCUGGUUGAGGGUGAUGUUUGUGUGUUUGAGCUGGUAAACAAGAUUGAAAAAGUACUGAAUGUCAUCAUCAUUCGGGCAAACACUUCCACAAAGAAGUUUAAUCAUUCCGGCUAGCUGAAAUGAGUUCUAAAACACAAUAAUGAUUGUCUUUGGUAGAAAUGUUUUGUACUAAUCAGCCUGGUCUCAAAUUGACAAUGUAUCAGUAAAUUUUCAAAUUGAC